AGAACUGUCUCGGUCCGCCGCCGGUACGGCUCGGAACGUCCCGAACCGAGCAGUUCGGGACGGUUCUGCGGACCUUAUUUAGUUGACUAACUGCAAGUAGUUACUGUAGCAUAUUGUCUCUCAUACCAUAAAACUAAUAGAAAAGAAUGGGGGGGAAGGAGAAGGGGUAUAAGAAUUAUAGUACUAAUCUCUUAUCACUGAUUUUAAGGCCUUAUUUUUCAUAGGCAAUAAUGAGCACAUCAAUAGUAUUAGCGCCACAACAAAGAACUGACUGACAAUAGGUUGGGUAAAUGUAAUUUCACAUGGUGAUAAGUAAGCUUAGUGUCAAAUGCUAUUCUGCUCAAAGGACCAAGCACAAGAAUGCAGUUAAAAGGAUCGAAGAAAUAUGUUACGGUUGCGUCUAACUAAAUUUAAUCAAAUCAAACUCAAGGAGCUGGGCUGAGAUUGUCUUCAAUGAAUCUAAUAGCAAACAUGCUGAGGAUAAUGUGUAGACCUGUGAGACUCUAUACUUCCACCAUAUAUCUACAAAAGGCUACAAUUUUCAUGACAAAAAGGCAUCCUAGUCCACAAGGCUCCCAUAUUGCAGAUUUGAGGAGGAUCAGAUGUAUGCAGCUUUACUCCGCCCAUAGAGAGACUAUUGCCGUAUUUCGAAACCGUGACACCCAGUUCAUAAUAGAGCAAUCUUAUAAUUGCUCUAAGGCUUGCCCUCAUAUUUUUUAUAAUCAUUUAACAAAUUAUCCAUCCAUAAAGUAUUGCAGAAUGAUUUUGAGCACAGGCUUAAUGAUAGGAGAAAAUGAUUUCACAUAAUCAUCAUUGUACUCCUGACUAAAGUUGCAGGUAAAUUGUCUUAUAGUGAUCCACUUAACUAAAUAUUGAUCUUAUAACAAUGACAAGUCAAUUGUCUUAUAGUGAUCCACUUAACUAAGUAUUGAUCUUAUAACAAUGACAUUUAAAGGCAGGAACCUUCUUGUGGAAAAGGGAAACAUGUUUCCAAGUAUGGGUAUACAAAAUCAUCUCUAGCAACAGACAUAGGUUGCAUCCACUUCUGUACUGUGUUACAGUGAAUAGUUGGAAGAAAUGACUUUUAGCUGGAGGAAGUUAAUCAAAUAUGGUAAAGUCAGCUAGUUGGUUGACUGUUACAACUUUUAGCACUCGGAAGAAGGUAAUGGGGAAGCAAGUUGGGGCAGCUUGUCCACAAAAUGGCAUGAUUAUGAAGGUAAAUAUGGGGGCUGGGUGGCGGGUGAGGUGCAAGACUGCAGUAGUAAAACUCAAUUUCCCAGUCUAAGGAACCUUGAACAAAUGAGGUGAAGAAUGUGAAUAUGAAGAAAAAUGAGCUUAUUAACCAUAGAGGGUGGAAGAGUUCUAGGUAGUCUAUUAAGGGUAUAAUAUUGAAGGCGCGUAAAAAAAAAUGACAUGUUCAACAACAAGAAUUGUCAUGCAAUAGGAUUGCACGAUCUGUAGCCCUCAUACUAAAACUGCCUAAAACAGAACUUAGCAGGCAAAUCAAAAGCCUAUCAUCAUUGAGAGCUCAAGGAAGAAAUAUUAGGUAAGAGCUCAAGCAACUAGUGAAUGAGAAUAAUCUUCAAGAGUAAGGCCAAUUAGAGCAGACUAGGGCAUUUUCUUAAGAAUGUACAUGUUGAUAAGAGUGACAUCUGCCUGGAACUUAAAAUGGGAAUAAAGGCAGAAUGAAGUGGAUGGUAUUAAGAACAUGACAGUUCUUGGGUGGCACUUUUUUGUUUAAAUUUUCCUAGACAAGAGUGUUGAGGAAUGGUGCCCUGAAAGGAAAACUGGAUCUCAAAAAUGAUAUACUUUUCUCAGCAGGAUUUGGAUCACUGGAUUGGCUAUCUUUUCUAUCAUGUCGUCUCAAAACAAACAUGGUACGGGGAGGCCCCAGGUUUGAAUCCAGUUGAUGGCAUUCCUAUCAUGUUUCCUGAAAUAUUCUUCAAAAUAAUGAUUCAAUUGUCGCUAGCAUGGGUCUGCUGUGUCAUGUCAUCUAAAAACAAAGGACCUAGAAACAAACAAAAAUCUCUUCCAAUAGAAAAGCUAAAAAGGAUCAGCGGAUGCCAGAAAUAUACCGGAAUUAGGAUAAGAUAAUCAUUAAUAAUUAAAAGAAAUAAAUUGAACCAAAGAAUAUUUUUAACUUAUGAUUUCCAUCAAAUUUGAGCUCUAAGAUCACAUUAUCCAAUCAAUUAUCUCCAAAAAUUUAAACUAAUGGAAAAAAGUCAAAAUGUAUAUCAAACUUAAUGGACUACUCAAAAAUAUGAGACAAGUAUCGCUCUUAUCUCUAAAAUGAGAUUCUUAUAUGUGGAUAUAUACAUAUAUUUCUAUUUUGAUAUGUAGAUUCAAAUCAUUAUUCUCCAACUAUGCGACUUUUUUAAGUAAAAAAUUACUGAUGAAUACAUUUUUUUCAUAGAUGUACAUAGAAUUUAAAUCAUUGCUCUCCAAUUAUUUUCGCUCUAGGUGGGGUAAUACUGACACUCUAUUAAAUUUCUAACCUCUCUCAAAUUAAUGAUAUUCUAACCACUUUCACUCAAUGGAACUCUCAUAAAUAAUUUGGAUGUCAAUAACUUGCUCGUAGAGGAAGAAAAAUCAAAUUAUAAAGGAGUGCUACUUGUACACUUUCGUGUAGGUGGAAAAACUCUGCACAUGAAAACAUGGGGCACUGACCAUGCCAAUAGAAUUAAUGACCAUUUAUAAAAAAAAAUUUAACCAGUUAUUUUUUCUCACUUUUAAGUCUUUCCCCUUGAGUCCUCACCCAUCUUUCCUUCUCUCGGAGCUUCACUCCACCAUUGAGUACGCCUCCUUAUUUUUGCCAUGGUUUAUCACAGCUCAUAAUUCACAAGUAUAUGAUCUAACCCCUAAUUGGGUUAAUGGGCUGACUAACCUCUGUUUAGAGGCCCAACAAAUAACCUAAUCAGUUGCUGCAAUGUCGGAAGCUACCUCAGCCCAAAUUUUUUACAUGCAAUGUGACGAAAUUCAGAUACGGAUACAUUCCCGCCAAAGGAAAUCUCAUGACUUCGUCUUCCCUAUUUAAACCCUUCCCCACCGCCCACCUUCCCACCGACGUCUCUCUCUCUCUCUCUCUCUCUCUCUCAGCCCAAGAAAUUUGAAGGCCGGGAUAAAUGGCGGAGGUGGAGGAAGGCCUCGGCGACCCGGAGCAGAAAGAAGAGGAGCAGCGAUGGGAGGAAAGAACUCUAAGCCUCCUCCAAGACUCCAAGAUCGAUCAAGAGCUCUCCGGGGCGAAGGAGGCGAAAAAGUUGGGCAAGAAGCACAAGGUGAAGUGGAUGAAGAGGCCAAUGACCAUGCCCCAGGCCAUCGUCGAGUUCGUCGAUGAAGAUCUUAGGGAGAACGCCAUCAGAUACCUAAGCAACUACCUCGUCGAGAAAAGGGAGGAAGAUCCAGAUAAUUACCACCGGGCUGGUUUUUUGGUGUUCAAUUCCUGUGCUACAAUGUCUGUAUUGUUGCAGGAGAUUGUGGGGUUUUACGUGAAGAUGGUAAAUGAAACUCUCAAUGUGAGAUCCAUUAAACGUCUUGCUAAUGUUCUCACACUUUUUCAGAGUGUUGCAGCUAAUGGUGAAACAAGGCAGAAGUUUGUUGAUUCUUGUGUUCCAAACUUCUUGGUUCCCUUGAUACUAUUUGAAAACAAAAUCGAGGUGUUUGACAAUAUUCGUGCAAUUGCUCUCUCGGUUAUUGGAAUUCUAUGCCAGGGUAGAGAGCCAAGUAUCAUCCGGUGGGCUAUUGAGAGUGAUAUGGUAGAAGUGUGUCGCGCCAUUGUAGAGACAGGAAGUGAGCUUACUAAAGUGAUUGCAAUGCACAUCCUUGAAGCUAUACUUCAAGAUGGGUUUGGGAUAUCUUAUGUUUGCAAUCCCAUUUGUGAUCACCUGCUCAAAGGAUUGAUAGAGACAUGGGACAAACAGGUCAAUCUUCUGGCUGUCGACCAAGACCUUUCUCCACGUCUCCUCUUCCACAUCAUCAGAUGCUACAUUAUUCUGUGCAAACAUGAUAGGGGAUAUGUCAUUGUGAUGAACAGUCUCCCAAAUGCUCUCACAAAUGGUUCCUUUCAUGAAGUGACAGAGGAGUUCCCAGUAAUCAGGAACCUGAUGCAUCAGCUUCUCCUCAAUGUUGGCAAGAUCGUAGAACAUCCAAUAUUGAGAGAUCCAGUUCAAGUGCAUAUAGUGAAAGGGAAUAUGCUAAAAUCUGGUCUUUGCAUAUGCGAUCCUGUUCCCACUGAUGUGAUGGUGCCAAAACUUAUUACAAAUGAACAAAUACCUUUUUACCAUCUUCUCUUGAAUGUUACUAAUAGUAAUUUCGAUUAGAUAGGACUGGCUUAUCAAUGUUGUACAAGUGCCAUCUCAUUGCAGUUUUUGGAAGGGGAGAAUUACUUUAUAAUUCUUUCAUAUGCCUGCUUUUUCUAUUUUUUUCCUGUAAAUACUGUGCAACAUUGCAAGUUCUCUGUCAUACACGUCAUUGUGGCAGUAAAUAAGUUGACUGUAUCCAAAAUUCUGAAAUCAAAGAUAACAAGUUUUGGCUAAUA